AUGCCUGCCGACAUUCGCAGCUUUUUUGGCGGCGGCCCUCCCAAGCCGAGCCAGGGCAGCCAGAGUUCACAGAAGAAGAAUGAGCCUACACCCAAGAAGGCCGCGCCUAAGAAGAAGGGCCGUACGAGCAGAGUUGUAGAAGACUCUGACGACGAAGAAGAGGAAGAUCCACAACCGAAGAAAGCAUCCCCCAAAAAGCCGCCCCCAAAGAAAGUUAAACGCGAACCUACGCCAGAACCUGUACUUGAAGAGACGACCACAUCAGAUUUCUUCGCCAGUAAAAACAAGCCCAAGCGAACAGAACCAGUCAAGAAGAAGGCCGCGGAGACACUAAAGGCAACACCCAAGAAAGCUCCUGCAAAGGCAACUGCAAAGACAUCCAAGAAUUUCACACCAGCGUCACUCGCCAAAACCUCUGGACGAGCGAAGAAGCCUGUCACAUCCUACGAGGAGAAGGAUGAUGACGAUGAAUUCCCGGACGACGACCUGGACGACGCGGAUGACAUCUUUGAAGACAACAUUAAAGGCAAAGCAAAAGAUGACUACAAAGAAAUCUCGGAGAGUGAUGAUGAUGUACCAGUGAAAUUACCACAUCGCGGAACGCCAAAGGCCCCAGCGAAACAGCAAAAGGUGAUCAAGGAUGAGGACAAAUUUGACCCCGAGGACGAAGACGUCGAUAUGAAGGAUAUAGACGCAGACGACGACUUUGUAGUACCUGAUGAGGAGGAACGGGCAGUCAAGAGCACACUAAAGAAGACGACCGCAAGCAAGAAGCGUAAAUCACCCGAGUCUGAGGAUGAGGAGGAGAAGCCAAAGAAGUCGCGCGCAAAGGCCACUCCGGCAAAGUCGCCAGCGAAAAAGAAGGCGAAGAAGGAAGAGGUUGAAGACAGUGCAGACAUUCAGGCCAUCUACGACAGCAUCCCUAUCGUACGCGCCCCUACGCCUCCACCCAAAGACGAGAAUGCAAAGUUCGACUGGAAAGCGAAUGCAGGUCGUGGUGAGGCUGCGCCGCUUCUGGGCUCAUCCAGUGACAUGCCACAGGGCUCGGAUACAUGUCUAGCAGGUUUGAACUUUGUCUUCACUGGUGUGCUGCAGAAAUGGGGCCGAACAGAGAGUCAAGAGUUGGUAAAACGACAUGGUGGCAAAGUCACCACUGCUCCCAGCAAGAAGACUAGUUAUGUCGUUCUAGGCUCAGAUGCCGGUCCAAGUAAACUGGCCAAAAUCAGGGACAUGAACAUCAAGACAAUCGACGAGGAUGGACUAACACAGCUUAUUGAAAAGCUAACAGCUGCUGGCAACAAGGGUGACAGCAAAGCACAAGCUGAUUACAGGGAGAAGCAACGCAAAGAGCAGGAGAAGAUCGAGCUGCUGGCUGCUGAAAUGGAAAAGGAGGAACAAAAGCGUCAGAAGGAAGCGACUGCAGUGGCCAAAGCAGCAGCUAAAGCAACUGGUAACAAGACAGCUGCGGCUACUGCGACUGCUCAAAACGCAGGACCUGCGGUGGACUCUCGACUAUGGACCACAAAAUACGCACCCACAUCAUUGUCACAGAUUUGCGGAAACAAGACGACCGUGGAAAAGAUUCAACGAUGGCUACAGAUGUUCCCGAAGAACCUCAAAACUGGAUUCAAGAUGGCAGGUAAAGAUGGCAGUGGGGUUUUCCGCGCCGUUAUCCUCCACGGACCACCUGGUAUCGGUAAGACUACUGCAGCACAUCUUGUCGCGAAACUCGAAGGCUAUGACAUAGUCGAGAGAAACGCAAGUGACACACGAAGCAAAAAGCUCAUCGAAGACGGUCUACGCGGCGUUCUAAGUACCAAUUCUCUCCACGGAUAUUUCGCUGGAGAUGGAAAGAAAGUGGAAGGAUCGAAGAAGAAGCUUGUUCUGAUCAUGGACGAAGUCGACGGUAUGUCUGCGGGAGAUCGAGGUGGUGUUGGCGCGCUUGCGGCGGUCUGUAAAAAGACGGAAGUGCCUAUGAUCCUCAUCUGUAACGACCGAAGACUUCCAAAGAUGAAGCCAUUCGAUUACGUGACGUACGACCUGCCCUUUCGACGGCCUACUGUUGACCAAAUCCGAUCACGCAUCAUGACAAUCACAUUCCGCGAAGGCCUCAAGAUGCCACCCGCAGUCAUCAACGCGCUCAUCGAAGGCAGCCAUGCCGAUAUCCGUCAAGUCGUCAACAUGAUCUCUACCGCGAAACUCGACCAGACCGUCAUGGACUUUGACAAGGGCAAGACCAUGUCUAAGAACUGGGAAAAGCAUGUGGUUCUCAAGCCAUGGGAUAUCACACAGAAGAUUCUCGGUGGCGGCAUGUUCGCUUCAAACAGCAAAGCUACACUUCACGACAAGAUUGAGCUGUACUUCAACGACCAUGAGUUCAGCCCGCUGAUGUUGCAGGAGAACUACUUGGGCACAAACCCUAUUCAGUCGCUCAGCUAUUCCGGCAAGGAAAAGAACCUCAAGAAUCUGGAGCUUAUAUCGAAAGCAGCCGAUAGCAUCAGCGACGGUGAUUUGGUCGACCGCAUGAUUCACGGCUCACAGCAACAGUGGAGUCUAAUGCCUACACACGCAGUCUUCAGCUUCGUUCGGCCCGCAAGCUUCGUCUCUGGAAGCACGGCGGGUAACCAGACACGCUUCACUUCAUGGCUAGGCAAGAACAGCACGACCAACAAGCUCAGUCGAAUGAUCAAAGAGAUUCAGGCUCAUAUGCGGUUGCGGUCCUCGGGUGAUCGACACGAGGUUCGGCAGCAGUAUGUCCCACUUCUUUGGACGGAUCUAGUUCAGAAGCUACAGAAGGAAGGAAAAGAAGCUGUACCACAGAUCAUCGAGUUGAUGGACAGCUACUAUCUCACCAAGGACGACUUUGAUGCAAUCAUGGAGCUGGGUGUGGGUCCAAUGGAUCAAGAAAAGGUCAAGAUUGAGACACAGGCCAAGGCGACCUUUACACGACUCUACAACCAACAGUCGCAUCCGAUGCCCUUCAUGAAGGCCUCCUCUGUCACGCAGCCCAAGAAACAAGCCAAAGAGAAGCCAGAUCUUGAGGAAGCCAUCGAUGAAUCCGAUGAUGGCGAAGUUAUCGAAGAAGUCAAGGACGAGGAUGAAGACAUCGAUUUGUCAAAGGACAAGUACGUCAAGCAGCCAAAGAAAAAGGCCGCGCCGAAGAAGGGAGGCAAGAAGAAGGCAAAGGAUGACGAAGAAGAGGAGGAGGAGGAGGAGGAGGAGGAGGAGGAAGAUGUCAAGCCCAAAGGAAAGGGCAAGGCAAAGGCGGCUCCCAAGGGCAAGAAGAAGUAG